CACUCACCGACACUCGAUCAAAAUCCCAAAUUCCACAGGCUCAGUAGAAAUACGGUUUCUCCAUGCUUAACACAUAACACACACACACACCCCAAGAUCAAAAACCUCUCUCCCUCUCUCCUUUUCUCUCUAUUCCACAACAAUGUCGAUGACAACAACACUGAUAAGAGAAAACGGCAUCGGCAACAACAACUACAAAAGCUACGAAGUGAAAAUGGGCACCCACACCAUCCAAACCCUCGUAACCACUUCUCCCUGCCAAGUCGGUAUCUGGCUCUCCACCAACACCCGCAACACCCACGACAACCUCAAGAUCGUGGGCCUGGACGUUGAGUGGCGGCCCAACACCCAGUCCAACAGUCAGCAGCCCAACCCCGUCGCCACCCUCCAGCUCUGCAUCGACCACAACUGCCUCAUCUUUCAGAUCCUCCACGCGACCCUUGUCCCACGCGCCCUCACCUCCUUCCUCGCCAACCGCCACGUCAAUUUCGUUGGGGUCGGCGUCCGAGACGACGCCCAGAAGCUUCUGAGAGACUACAAUCUCCACGUGGCCAAUGCCGUCGACCUUCGCUCCCUCGCCGAGCAGAAGCUCAAGGUGUUUUGGCUGGGCUCGGCCGGGCUCGCCGCAUUGGGCCGCUUCUUCCUGGGCGUCGACAUUAACAAGCCCCACCACAUCACCACGAGCCUCUGGGACAAUCGCUUCCUCACUCAUGAACAGGUUCAGUACGCGACUAUUGACGCCUUUGUCUCCAGUGAGAUUGGACGACGCAUUUUGAUUUCGUAA